AUGCCUUCCAGCGACCAUCCCAUAGGGCUCCGCUGGCGAGCCAACACUCUUUUCAUCAUCUCUACAGUCGCCAUCGGCCUAUUCACCGACCUCUUCCUCUAUGGACUUGUCGUCCCUAUUCUACCAUUCAUGCUCCAAGAACGUAUACAUCUCCCCGAAGACAAAAUUCAACCCUGGGUGUCUGGGCUUCUCGCCGCCUAUGCAGGCGCUAGUGUCGUCUUCUCCAUCCCUGUGGGGAUCGUCGCUGACCGCACCAAUGCUCGACGGACGCCCUUUCUUUGUGGCCUUGCCGCCUUACUCGCUGCUACCAUCAUGCUGUCCCUCGGCCAGAAUAUCCCAACACUUGUUGUAGCCAGGAUUCUGCAGGGGACCAGUGCUGCUGUUGUCUGGACUGUGGGUUUGGCAAUGAUGCUAGAUACCGUGGGUCCCCAGAACCUUGGUAAAGUCAUUGGAACGAUUUUUUCCUUAAUAUCAGUGGGCGAACUGGCCGCCCCAGUCCUUGGAGGAGUCCUGUAUCGCAAGACCGGCUAUGGGGGAGUCUUUGGGCUGGGUGCAGCAUUCCUCGGAGUCGACUUUAUCAUGCGAAUCCUGGUGAUCGAAAAGAAAGUUGCCGUGAAAUAUGACAAAUCUCUUGCAGAAAUUCAAAACCCCCGUGACGCCGAAGCGCGAGCCGAAGGAACGGAUAGCGGAGACGAUCGCAGCGAAGAGGAACCUCUGUUGCCGAAGAAGGAGGAAGAUAACUACCGCAUCCCAGAAGGUCAAAACAGAUUGAUCCGAACCCUGCCCAUCCUCUACUGUCUAUCCGACCCUCGACUCCUUGUUGCUCUGCUCCUUGCAUUCGUCCAGGCGGCGCUGCUUGCCACCUUCGACGCCACGAUUCCCACCGAAGCCCAGACACUAUUCGAAUUCGAUUCGUUAGAAGCCGGUCUCCUCUUCAUUGGCCUGGACAUCCCCUACCUCCUGCUCGGGCCCGUGGCCGGCUGGGCCGUAGAUAAAUAUGGCACCAAACCAGCUGCAGUCCUGGGUUUCGGCUACCUCGUCCCGACCUUGGUCCUCCUUCGCUUACCAUCGGCGCAAAUCGCCCCGAGCCGCACCGCCAACAUUGUCCUAUACUCGGCGCUUCUCGCCCUCAACGGGAUCGGCCUCGCAAUCAUCGGCUCCCCGUCCAUCGUCGAGGCCUCGGACGUGGUGCAAAAGUACGACAAAGCCAACCCAGGCCUCUUCGGCGAGAACGGGCCAUACGCUCAACUGUACGGCUUCAACUCCCUGGUGUUCUCCGCCGGAUUGACGAUCGGGCCCAUCUUGAGCGGGACCCUGAGAGACAGCAUCGGGUACGCAAACAUGAACGUGGUGGUCGCGUGCAUUGCGGGAAUCACGGCCGUGCUGAGCUUCCUGUUCGUCGGCGGCCGUCCGAGGAUACUGAACACGAAGAACAAGAGACAACUGGGUGAGAGAUAG